AUGCAACUGCGUAGAGCCCUACCCAACGGUCAACAGACGACGUGCGAGCUCGAGGCAGCCAACUCAUGUAUCUUGGACGACACGGAUGACGUGCGCGAGCUCGAUCUCGAUCUCGAUGCAGAGCUGUGCCCAUGUGCACAGUCGUGGUCGUGGCCGUUACCGCUCACACCUACAGGCUACGGCCCCGGCAGCCUACGCCGCCGUUUCUUCGCCCUCUCCAUCGUGCCCAUCCUCUCCCGCAUUGCUCUCUCUUCGCUCUCUCUUCGCCCCUACCUCAACGCCCGGCCCUUCUCCCCCAACGGGUGCACAUACAAGCGUAAGUCCAAAUACUGA